AUGUCACUGGAGAGACAGCAGGAACUCACAAUUGUUCUGGUGGAUCAUCUGAAACACACCGGUGGAUCGGGCUCAACCUGUGGGUUAGACACCAGCAGUCUCAGAGCCUGGCUUGAUGUGAACUUUGGUAAAUUCUCAGUCUACGUGGCAUUCCAAGAUCUGCUACUGCUCAAUGCGAACUUUUCCAAUUUUGAGGCACUGGACCUUCUGAGCGCUUCUCAAGUUGCUCAACUUACAGUGAACUCUGGAGCACUGAACAACCCAGACAUGAUCACCAUGGUAUUUGACCGUCUAGAAAAUGUUGAUGCGUUUCAGAACGUGAAUGAUUUCCUGGCAGGACUCACCCAGAAUUCACAGGCUUUGGAAAUCCAUCCAGUGGUGAGGGAUAUCAUGAUGAAUCGGACCUUUACCAUCAUCAGUCUCCAUUUUACACAGUUCUUGAGAGUAGACUGGGUUUCCUGGUUCACUGUAAAACUGAUUCCUCUCCUGCCCAGCAUAACUGCAGAGAUGCUCAAGACAGCAACAUCAGACGGUGACUGCAUUGCAUUCCACACAAUCGUUGAGGGUCUUAGCAGAGUCUUUGACCGGAUGUCCCUGCAGAGACAGCAGAAGUUCACAGUUGUUCUGGUGGACCAUCUGAAACACACUGGCGGAUCGGGCUCUACCUGUGGAUCAGACACCAGCAGUCUUAGAGCCUGGCUUGAUGUGAACUUUGGUAAAUUCUCAGUCUACGUGGCAUUCCAAGAUCUGCUACUGCUCAAUGUGAACUUUAUCAAUUUUGAGGCAAUUGACUCUCUUAGCGCUUCCCAAGUUGCUAAGCUGACGGUGGACUCUGGAGCACUGAACAACCCAGACAUGAUGACCAUGGUAUUUGACCAUCUAGAAAAUGGCAAUGCGUUUCAGAAUGUGAAUGAUUUCCUGGCAAGUCUCACCCAGAAUUCACAGGCUUUGGAAAUCCAUCCAGUGGUGAGGGACAUCAUGAUGAAUCGGACAUUUGCCAUCAUCAGUCUACAUUUUACACAGUUCUUGAGGGAAGACUGGGUUUCCUGGUUCACCUUGAAAAUGAUUCCACUCCUGCCCAGCAUAACUGCAGAGAUGCUCCAGAGAGCAACAUCCUAUAGCGACUGCAUUGCAUUCCAGGCUAUCGUUGAGGGUCUUAGCAGUGUCUUUGACCAGAUGUCGCUGGAGAGAAAGCAGCAGCUCACAAUUGUUCUGGUGGACCAUCUGAAACACACUGGUGGAUCGGGCUCAACUUGUGGGUCAGAUACCAGCAGUCUCAGAGCCUGGCUUGAUGUGAACUUUGGUAAAUACUCAGUCUAUGUGGAAUUCCAAGAUCUGCUACUGCUAAAUGCAAACUUCUCCAAUUUUGAGGCACUGGACCUUCUCAGCGCUUCCCAAGUUGCUCAACUUACGGUGAACUCUGGAGCACUGAACAACCCAGAUAUGAUCACCAUGGUAUUUGACCAUCUAGAAAAUGCUGAGGCGUUUCAGAAUGUAAAUGAUUUCCUGGCAGGUCUCACCCAGAAUUCGCAGGCUUUGGAAAUCCAUCUGCUGGUGAGGGACAUCAUGAUGAAUCGGACCUUUUCAAUCAUCAGUCUGCAUUUUACAGAGUUCUUGAGAGUAGACUGGGUUUCCUGGUUCACAGUGAAACUGAUUCCUGUCCUGUCCAGCAUAACUGCAGAGAUGCUCCAGACAGCAACAUCAGACGGUGACUGCAUCGCAUUUCACGCAAUCGUUGAGGGUCUUAGCAGCGUCUUUGACCAGAUGUCACUGGAGAGACAGCAGGAGCUCACACUUGUUCUAGUGGAUCAUCUGAAACACAUUAGUGGAUCGGGCUCAACCUGUGGGUCAGACACCAGCAGUCUCAGCGCUUGGCUUGAUGUGAACUUUGGUAGAUUCUCAGUCUACGUAGCAUUCCAAGAUCUGCUACUGCUCAAUGAGAACUUUUUCAAUGUAAGGCCUUGA